GUCCUAGGUGAUUACUCAACCUUGCAUUGAAAUAUAGUUACUUGAGUAAACUCUUGGCUCAUGCAUGGCUGAAGUUGGGGUGCGUGUUGUGAGAGGGCCAGAUUGGCAGUGGGGCGACCAGGAUGGGGGUGAAGGAUUUUGUGGGACUGUGGUUGAAGUUGGUCGGCCAGGGUCCUCCUCAACUCCUGACAGAACUGUAGUGGUUCACUGGGACACUGGGGCUCGUACUAACUACAGAGUUGGUUACCAGAGCGCCUACGAUCUGCGAUUGCUGGAUAAUGCUCCUAUUGGAGUGAAACAUGCCAACCACAUCUGUGAUGGCUGUAAGAAGCAAGGUAUUCAUGGCCUGCAGUGGUCCUGCACUCGCUGUUUUGACUUUGACUUGUGCACUGAAUGCUACAUGGCUGAUAAGCACGACACAUCUCAUCCAUUUAAACGAUUGGAUAACUCAAACUGUGCUGGGAUUGAAGUUCCUCCCCGAAAGAACAGCACUAAAGUUCCUUUGCAAGGAAUAUUUGUGGGAGCCAAGGUGAUGCGUGGGCCUGACUGGGACUGGGGAAAUCAAGAUGGAGGUGCAGGGGAGAUUGGCCGUGUAACUGAAAUCCGUGGUUGGGAUGGUGAGAGCAGUAGAUCUGUGGCAAGUGUUGUUUGGGGCUCCUCUGGCGUCAACAACGUAUACAGGCUUGGGCAUAAAGGCAAGGUUGACUUGAAGUGUGAACAGCCUGCAACCAAUGGCUAUAUAUACAUAAAGCACCUGCCUGUGUUAGGCCGCAGCCCUGUGGUACCCCUUUCAGAACCUGCAUCCUCCUCCACUGGUACUGGUGCUAUUUCUCAAGCACCAUUUCUCGUUGGUGAAAGAGUUAAAGUGUGUGUACCUUUAGAGCAACUUAGAGUCAUGCAAGAAGGACAUGGAGGCUGGAACCACAAAAUGGCGGACUAUAUUAAUCAAAUAGGACUAGUGCACCGAAUCACUGAUAAGGGGGAUGUGAGGGUUCAAUAUGAGGGAUGCUGUACCCGCUGGACAAUCCACCCCACCGCCCUGAUGAGGGUAGGCAGCCUUGACGCGAGCGGUCAGCCAGCGCCUGUCGUGCACAGUUACACUCCUGGGGAUCGUGUGACUGUCAUCGCUGAGGAGGAGAAGGUCAAGGUCUUGCAGAAGGGACAUGGAGAGUGGAUUGACUACAUGAAAGCAGCUCUGGGCAAGACUGGGGUGGUAUCAAAAGUUUAUCCUGACGGCGACCUGCGCGUCAACGUAGAAGGCAGCACGUGGACUUUCAGUCCGUUGUGCGUGACGCCCAUUAGCACCGCCACCGUCAAUUACGAUGACCGGCAGCACGGCAGACAAGGCCCUGCUUCCCACCAUGACACUCACCGACACAGCAGCUUGGACGACACGCCCAUCAGUAACACGUCACAUCAAACAAACGGCGCCGCAGCGCUCCCAGACGAUAGCGCCGACCUCAUGAUGACGGCAUCUCAAGCGGGUGCCGCAAACACCAGCACCUUCGUGACACAGCCCAUGACCACAACUCUUGCUAAUAAGAAGCUUGUUGACAAACUUGUUCGGGAAGCUGCUCAGGGUCACUUGUCCAACGUCAAUGCCAUCUUGUCACUCAAUCCUGAAUUGCUCGAGUGUGGGAGCAACGGCAAGACUGCGCUGCAAGUGGCGUGCCACCAAGGCCACCUGCAUGUGGUGCGCCAUCUGCUUGAUAGAGGAGCCAAGCCUGGCACUCAGGACCAGGACGGCGACACGUCCCUGCACUACGCCUCCUUCGGGAACCAAGUGGAGGUACUGGAGUUGCUGCUGUGCCGUGGCUCUGCCAUCAACGCCCUGAACUGCGGCCGCUGCACGGCGCUGCAUGUGGCGGUCAACAAGCAACACCACGCGUGUGUGCUGCUGCUGCUACGUUGCGGGGCUGAUGCUAAUAUUCAGGACUCGUACGGCGACACAGCUCUGCACGACGCCAUUGGUAAGGACAGCCUCGAGAUCGUGGAAGCCCUCACUAACUGGUCUCGCCUGAACCUCACACUACGCAACAACCGAGGCUUCAACGUCCUCCAUCAUGCCGCUCUUAAGGGCAACAACUUUGCGACGGAGAAGCUAGUUUACCGAAGCCGGCAAUUCGUAGACGAGCGCAAGGACGACGGCUUCGCGGCCCUGCACCUGGCGUGCCUGAACGGCCACCGCCACGUGGCAGAGACGCUGCUCACUCUGGGACGCGCUCACCCCAACCUCACCAACAACAAGCGCCAGACGCCGCUGCUGCUGGCCAUAGCUCAGGGACACGUGAGUUUGGUAGAGCUGUUGGUGGUUCACCACAACGCGGACGUGAACCGCGCAGAUGAGGACGGCGAGACGGCGCUGCACCUCACCCUUCACAAACUCAACAACCUGUCCCAAGCUGACGCCAUGGCGCCCCCACGACCUGACGACGUGCACACCACCGUCAUCAACGGCCUCCUGCAGUCCCUCCCCUCGGGCUCGUCAGUCUGGCUUGCCGUUGCGUGUCUCCUCGUACGCAAGGGCGCCAGCAUCUCGGCCCUAAACGCAAGAGGCGUGUCGCCACUGCAAGCUGUCAACGACCUUUCCGUCGUCCAGGCGCUGCAGUGCCACUCCCCUGAGGUGGCUGGCGCGGGCGGUGGCAGUGACACCACAAGACUCGACCUCGACAUGAAGGCGCUCGACCUCGCUGCUGAGAGCAUCAGGUCGACUGUGCUGAUGGAUGCUCAUUGCAACAUCGGAGGAGGCGAGCUUGGAGCAGCAUCGUUCGGUGCUUCUUCGUACGAGAGUCAGCAGCACCCAGUGCCGCCCCACCGCAGCACGUCCCAGCCUGCUAGCCCCGCUAGGUUUAGCAGCACGACGGGCAGUCAGCCUGGAGGCUUUGGAGCGGCAGCCUCCCAGCCUGCGAGUCCAGCCCACUUGGCAUUGGCUGCAGCGAUGAACGACAGUAGCGGGGAACCCUGCACCAUCUGCCUGGAGGCGGCAGUGUGCGUGCGCUUUGAGCCGUGCGGCCACUCGGUGACGUGCGAGGAAUGCGCCGCCCGCGUCAAGAAGUGCCUCAGCUGCCACCAACUGGUCGCCAAGAAAGUUAGGCAUGACGGCUGUGUGCUGAACUUCGGAACAAGCGUGCCGUCCUCGGAGCGCCUGCGGUACCUGGAGAGCAAGAUCGCGGACAUCGAGGAGGCGCACUGCUGCAGCAUCUGCAUGGAGCGACGGCGUGGCGUGGCCUUCCUAUGUGGCCACACGGCAUGUUCUGUGUGCGCUAAGACGCUCUCCACUUGUCAUAUGUGCCGCAUGCCUAUCACUAAUAAAAUCAAUUUAUAUUAAUAACUACAAUACACUAGCACAAACAGGAACAAGAACAAUCUAUGAUUGGUGUAUUUUCUCGAAUCAAGCAUUGUGAUUAUGCUCUUUAAUAACGAACACAAUCAUCCAUAAAUAAUUCAAAAUAAAUCCGCUUUCACCAAUUUCAAGUAGAUAGAAUUACUGUUGGUUGAAGUCCAUUGGGCGAAGGAAGCUUUUAAUUUUUAUUACAAGAAAUUAGCCUUGCGAGGAUAUGAUAGCUCAUUAAAAAAUUCUUAGCAUUAAAUUCCUUGAAAGUCUUGCAUGAUUUAAACUAUUUGGUGCUGCAGCUGCUCGCUCAGCUCAGAACACCAAAUGCCGAUCAAUUUGAAACUUGGAAAUUCUGUUUCUAUGAUUAUCUCUCAAUUACCUUUUAAAACUUUUGAUGCUGAAAAUGCCAUUUUGAAUAUACUUGCCAAUUUUCUUGUGGGUGGGAUAGCCUCCUAAAAAGCGCUUUCCCAUCAAAUGGAUCUUAUUUAUGGCAGCGAUCACUACUGUUAAAAUGUCACGCUGUUGGGUAAACGAAAAACUUCCAUGUGUUCGAUAAGAUCAAAAUCGGGCUUGUUGGUUCUAUAGCCUACUGUCCUUGCUCCCUCUUCCGACCGUCUCACUUAUGUUGAUUCAAAUUCUCCAUCAAAUGUGCGUUGACAUAGGCACUGAGUGUAAGAUUUUAGUUAAACUGAUUAUAUUCGUAUUAAUAACUGUUUUUGUGAAGAUAAAAUUUUUCCCGCUCGAAAUGUCGGUAAAAUGCAAGAGUGUUUCAAGUUAUCAAGGUUCAUUCUUUUAAUGUCUUCUAGGCUGCGUGUUACUCUUGUUCACGCGUGCAACUCGUGUUCACGUAUAAUUCUAUACUUCGUUGUAAAAAACUUUUCUGCGCCUCUUCUUACAAGAAAUUAUUUAGGUAUUUACUCCUCUGGGGGGUGACUUAUUAUUUUCGUUUAAGCGACUCAAUCAUUAAAUUAAGAAUUAUUAUUUUGUAUACUCUACGGUCACCUGGUGACGAUUCCGCACAAAUAUUUGCGCCAAACAAAUCCACUCUUCCGCCUGUCUUCCUGAAGUUCGAACUAUGGUCGUCAUAUGAUACGUCACUGUGAGUAAUUAUGUGGAUUGUCUUGUUGCGCUCUAAUCAGCUCAUAUACUGUAAACUUAUUUCAUUUGCUUGCCGUGAAUUGCUCUAUCUCUGAAAAGAACUGAAAAUUUUAUUUUCGUUUCUGCUCGAAUGCUUUUCUCAUCAUUUUCUUUGGCAACUUCAACGUCUAUUUUUCUAAGUCCCAAGUUAGCACCGGCACAAAUUGUGCUCAAAACGUGUUUUUGUAUAUUUCUUCACAAACUGCUCUAGUAUUCAUAUAAAUAAUUUAUUUGUUAUUAUUAAGCCACAGUAGCACACACACCUCUCCUUGCUCACUUGUAU